AUGUACGAAUUUUGUUCAUGUGGAUUAUUCGAAGUGAUUGGAAUCAAAUCAACGGCACUUCUGUUUGCCACUACAAAACUUUUUCAGAACGCACUCUUCAGGCGUAUGGUAAGUGAGAACUUCCCGGAUCUGAGAGAUCUGGCACAACGAGCAGCUGUUGCAUUCGUUAAUACCUUACCGAAUAUCGAUAUCGCACGGCCUAUUUCCAGUAAAGUUGUUUUCGUUGGAGGUAUUACUAAGAAGCAAGUAUCAGUAAUGGAAAAGCCAUUUGCGGAUUUAUAUAAGAAUGCGCGCAAAGGCGUGGUGGUGUUUUCACUUGGAUCGCUUGUUGACACGGUUAAAAUGCCAGAACAAAUGAAAACCGAUGCGCUGUUGGCAUUUUCUCGCUUUUCGGACUACGAUUUUAUUGUUAAAUUAGCAGUAAGCGAUGAAGAACGGGAAAAAUUCGCUUCAUCAUACCCCAAUGUGCAUUUCUUCGAUUGGAUUGAUCAGGUCAAUCUUCUCCAUCAUCCGAAAACGAAAGCAUUCAUAACGCAUGCCGGCAUGAACAGUCUCAGUGAAGCAGCAUUUGCUGGAAUACCGGUCAUUUGCAUACCGAUAUUCGCUGACCAGCAUUACAAUACAGCUAUUGCGCUGAGAAAAAAUAUUGGAAUUUAUCUGAACAAAAAGCAUAUCAAUGUGGAAACUGUGACAGAAGCACUCCAGCAAGUGCUCAGUGAUCCGAGGUCUGUUUGUGAACUGGUUCCUCAGAAAAAAUUCAUUUUUAGGAACAAAUUUUACGUAACAGAGUGUAUGUAG